AUGGAGUUGGGAAUGUUUUCUUCAUUAUCAUCACCCGACAUGAUCACGCCUUCCUUUAAUUUGCCUCCCCGCUGGUUCAGCAUUUGUCCCGUCCUGUGCAUUGCGUCCGAUUGUCAUCUCGGUUCUUUAUUUCUACCCAAAACCGUUGUCAUUUCAUCCAGCAACCUGAGGUUGUUUCUGUUCAAAACCAUCGCCAGCGGUGCUGACGCUUGUUCCUCUUUUCCGGUUGAGACGGUGAGAGAUUGGUAUCCUUGGUUUCUAUCUAUCAUCUAUCCUGUCGAGUUUGUUCCAUAUAUCAUCCUACAUACAUUAUCCUUUUACCAUCCUCAUCCAUUGAUCUGGUUCAUCAUCAUUUCCGCCUUUCAUUCUCCGAUUGUACGCAUGCAGAUACAUACAUACAGCCACACGGAAGACAUAUCCAUUUACAGUCUGAUUAGCCUGUUCUUUCUGCUUGUGAGCGUGCGUUGUGACAAGGCAGGGUCCGCAUAUUGUGUAUAG